CCUCCAAGUGGCAGAACCAUAGUUUGUUGGAUCAUGCUACUUUUGCUAUAGUUCUAGUUUUGCUAGCUUUUUUUUUUCUUUUCCGGUUGAAAACGCAUCGCAUUGAAGACUCGAGCAACCGAAAAAUGGCGGCCCAUAAGACGCUUAUCAUUAAACGCAAACUGGCGAAGAAAAUACACCAAAAUCGACCCAUCCCGCAGUGGGUUAGAAUGCGUACCGGAAACACUAUCCGGUACAACGCCAAAAGAAGACACUGGCGAAGAACCAAACUAAAGUUAUAAAUAUGUUAUAAAAUAAUAAAGUUCUUCAGCAGUUA